GGGAAUCCGGGCUCACUUUCACUCCAGGCUCGCAUCCUCGUGGUCGCCUCGCCAUGUGCACUGGAAAGUGCUCCCGCUUCUUGGGGCUCUCCCUCAUCCCCCUCUCCCUGGUCUGCAUGGUGGCCAAUGCCCUCCUGCUGGUGCCUCAGGGCAAGACGGACUGGACGGACACCAGCCACCUCAGCUUGCAAGUCUUGCUCAUGGGCGGCUUCCUCGGUGGGGGCCUGAUGGUGCUAUGUCCGGGCAUCGCGGCGGUUCGCGCGGGGGGCAAGGGCUGCUGCGGCGCGGGCUGCUGUGGAAAUCGUUGCAGGAUGCUGCGCUCCGUCUUCUCCUCGGCGUUCGGGGUGCUGGGGGCCAUCUACUGCCUCUCGGUGUCGGGAACCGGACUCCGAACUGGACCCAAAUGCUUAAUGGACAGCCGGUGGGACUACCACUUCAAAGACACCGACGGCUCGUACUUGGAGAACCGCACUCUGUGGGCUUUGUGCGAGCAGCCGCCGGGCGUGGUCUCCUGGAACGUGACGCUCUUCUCGCUGCUGGUGGCCGCCUCGUGCCUGGAGAUCGUGCUGUGCGGGGUGCAGCUGGUGAACGCCACCUUCGGCGUCUUCUGCGGCGAUUGCCGGAAGAAGGAGGGCACCCCUCAGUGAGGCUCCACUGACCGCCCUGCUCGCUCCUGGACGCCCGACUGGCCCACCCCGCCCUGGAAAUAAACCUUUGAACUCUC